GUUCUACAUUUUGAACAUCGUCGUUCACCGACCUUGCCCAGUCCUUCAAGCAUGAAACAAGAGUAAAAGGAAUCGACCGCAAGACAGAGUAUAUAAAAAAAGGACAUACUUUAUAAUUAAAUCUUUUGUAAUUCUGGCGAAAGAUAACAAGGAAUAGAGAGAGAUUGUCAGUGGAUUAUGUGUAUUGCCCCAAAGGUCAAAUUGACUAGGAGGCAGGGUAAGGUGAAGGUCGAUGUAGUACAUUAUUGCUACGAGAAGCUUGGGAAGUUUAAUCUAGAGUCUCAAGAACUAUAAAGAGUAUACUUUCCAAAUCUAAACUAAAAGAGGUAUCUGGCCCCGUUCAACAAGGAUGGACCGGUGUAUAUUACUUUCAUUCAGCUGCAUAAUAUUCGGUUGCUGUAAUGAUGGUGUGUCAACUGAUAGAGGCAUCAUACUAUAUGAUAACCAUAUGACUAAUCUCUCAAUAUGCUAUGGUUUUAAUUCACCAAGAUAUAUAGUAAAAGGUGAAGUUAAUUUUGAUAGGGAUGCACCCCUAAAAGCUGUUGGAAUUGAAAUAUUUAAGGACCAUUCAUCUCAACGAUCUAUACUAGAGAGGCAUAUAAGUUUGGAUGAAAAACAUUUUAAUGACUCCGGUGCAGAGAUUUAUGUUCAACACACUUCUGUUCGGUGGAAGAUGGAUUUGGUGUUUAACAUAACUCUGCUUCCUGAACACAGCAAUGCAUUCAUUAGAGCCUGGGCGAUUUUCUUCGAGGCUGGUAAACUUCUCAGCAAUAGUACACAAUUACCAACAAUUUAUAAUUCAAAUGAACUGGAUAAUAUCACAUACAAUGUGUGGAUCAAUGAUAAAUAUGUCAACGUAUUAGAUUGUUACCAGGAGAUUGACGCAAGUACCAUUGCAAUUCUCUUCAAUAUCACAUCUCCUUCAAAUAUAACGUGCAUAUUGCAAGUUGGUGAUGGUAACAAAGUCAAGAACAUAACAAAUGAUGUGACGACAGUAAUCAACGUAACACAUUUAAACUACAAAACGGAGCACAUUCUACAUUUAAGUUUUCAAUGUUGUCUUGGUAAUCAAACCAAUUUUACGUGUAAAUUGCAUAAAGAUGUUGAAAAUCGUUCCUUCAUGAGUAAAAGUACAAUAAUUACCAUCUGCUUGGUCGUAAUAUGUGCUCUACUUAUUGCGUAUGUGGCGGUCCAUUGUCUAGUAAAACUAGAUUCAAAAAAGAAAAAUAAAGAAUGUGAUACAGCUCAUAAACCAUUGCAUGCACCGGAUGAACAUCUGAACAAAAAAAAAGAAACCUCGCUCACUGUAAGAAAGCGCUGCCUGCUACUGAUUGGUAAAGUGCGAACAGGAAAAAGUGCAACGGGGAACACAAUAGUUGGACACAAGGUCUUUACAACAAGUUCCAAGACAAAACAUUCACCUUGUGAUGUUGAAAACCAGUCAGUUGUACACGACAGUACAGAAUUGAUAGUGGUUGAUGGGCCAAGUAUUGAUCCAGAGAUGGAAAACCCGCAACAAUUAAAAGAUUUUUGUAAAAGUGUGCAGGCAUCUGGCCAAGGUGUUCCCACUGAGUUUGACGCUAUUUUGUUUGUGCUUCGCUACGGUGAUAGGUAUAAAAGAGAAGAUGAAAGGGUUUUGGAAAUUCUUAAAAGGAUGCUGGGAAACGAAGUUGUAAGGGACUAUGUGAUACUCGUACUGACCCAUGGGGAUAAUUUCCUAACAGACGACCCGAAAUAUGACUCCAUUUUGUCCUGGUGUCGGGAACAAGAAGGGACCUUUAAAGAUUUGUUUCUGGAAUGUGAAGAACGAGUUAUGCUGUUUAAUAAUAAAUCUAAAUUUACUGGAAUGUCGGAGCUUCUACAUUUAAUGUCGAAAAUAUCCAACAGUAACAAAAAACUAUUGAUGAUUCAAUAGGUAAAGCCCAGCUCAGUUUUAGGACAUCCUCUCGACAAUACAACUUAAUUAAGGACAAUCGUUUAAUACACUAAAAACUUCUUAUCUUUAACAAAGGUAACAUGAAAUAUUAUUUUGUGUUUUUGCAGCAACAUAAUGAAUAAUAAUUUAAAUCGUGAGUUAAUUGUAUCUAUUAGUCUAAAAAGCUUUAAAUAUGUAUACAAUAUACGUUAUAAUCAGGGUCGUUCCAUUAAAAGAACAAAAGAAAAAUAAACAAAGUUAUUUUAACAAAAUAACACAUAUUUUUAUAUAAACUAAUCGAACGCAUCGAAGUACAAGAAUCAGGGGUAUUUGCAAUUACGGGAAAAAUAACAAAAAAAAAAAAGAUAAUAAAACAAGGUAAUAUAAAUUAAAAAGCUGUACAUUUAAAGCAAUGUGUCUAAAUAAUGUACGAUGUAUUUCCUUUUUCUAUAUCAAACAAAUAAUGUUAUAUAUCACUAAUGAAUACAUUAAUUUGUUAAUUUCUUUUCUCAUUUUAUUAGGGACAAUUAAUAAUUAUGCAACGUUUCCAGGUGAUGCUAGAAAUAAAAAAUCAGAUAAGUAACAUGUUAGUACAGAUGAAGUGCGUUGAAAUAAUGUUUUUUAAAAUAAAAAAUAACCUCCAAUUAGGCUAACCUUUUUGAUUUAACUAUUAGCUGGUCAUGAUAAUGAAUUGCUCACCUUUGAAUUGUAUUACUUUUGAUUUUGACAGAUGAAGUCAUUUUUUUUUUAAA